GUCCUCUUGUGUUCCCUUCUCCUCACCAAACGAGCUCCUUCAAAGUAUUCUCAUUGGGUACGUACCAAAGUAAGAAUUGAGUGGAGUAACACGUCCCAUCUUAAAGCUUAGUGAAAGUCGUUUGGCUUCAUAUUGAAGCUUUCCAGGCUAACGUAACUUUGUUUUUGUUUAGCUUAGCUCGCUAGCCAAGACACGUGAACGCAUUUCGAUUGCUUUAGCUAAAUGCCUCUGGAAAUUUGUUCUAGGCGGUGGUCGCUCGGUUCACGUUAGAGUGAUUAUAUUUAAUUGCACGAGACGCUUUUCGACUUGUUUUAAAGGCCAACGCAAUCAAAAACAUCAAGGUAAAGAAUAGAGACGUGGAAGAUGAGGAGAGGAAAUCUAGGCCACAAGGAGCAACUGGAAAACAAAAGAAAAUGAAGUGUCCUGCAGACGUAACUAUGAAAGAGCUUCACCCACAGAAGCGCGAUCCCCUCCACGUUAAACAGGAGGAGUUGGAGAUGCUGAACAUCAAACAGGAGGGGAAGCCAGAGACCCCCAGCAUUAAAGAAGAAAAACAGGAAAAUGAAAUCGCCAAGUUUCCAAUAACUGUCAGUGUGAAGAGUGAAGACGAGGAAAGUCCAAGCGAAGAGAGCGAAGCAGCGAAACCUUCAAGCAACUGCUCAUUUCAACACCCGACAACAAAAAGAGAGGGAGGAUCGCAACCUGACGAAGUCGCAGUGGAAGAUCUUCACCUGGAGAAGCAUGACCCUCCCCACGUUAAACAGGAGGAGUCGGACAUGCCGUCCAUCAAACAGGAGGCGGAGGCAGAGACCCCCAGCAUUAAAGAAGAACAGGAGAAUGAAAUCCCAAAGUUUCCAAUGACUGUUGGUGUAAAAACAGAAGAAGAUAAAGGUCCAAGCGAAGAGAGCAAAGCCACAAAACAAACAAGCAGUAGCUUGUUUCAACACCUGACAACAAAAGGUGAGGGACGAUCACGACCGGACGACCUCUUAGCGCCAUUCUCAGACAGCGACGACGUAACAUCGCACUCUUCUGACUAUAACACCGAUAAGGAGGAUGUUGACUUUGAGCAAAACACUUCGAAAUCCUUAAACAAUUCAUCACUGAAAAGAGACAAAAAAGAAUGCUUGGACGUCACAGUGGAAGAUCUUCGCUUGGAGAAGCACGAUCCCCCCCACGUUAAACAGGAGUCGUCGGAUAUGGCGUACAUCAAACAGGAGGCGGAGCCAGAGACCCCCAGCAUUAAAGAAGAACAGGAGGAUGAAAUCCCCAACAUUCCAAUGACUGUUGGUGUAAAAACGGAAGAAGGUAAAGGUCCAAGUGAAGAGAGCAGAACAAUAAAACAAGCAAGCAGUAGCUUGUUUCAACACCUGACAACAAAAGGUGAGGGACGAUCGCAACCGGACGACCUCUUAGCGCCACCCUCGGACAGAAACGACGUAACAUCACACUCUUCUGACUAUAACACCGAUGAGGAGGAUGUUGACUUUGAUGCUUCGAAAUCCUUAAACAAGUCAUCACUGAAAAAGGACACAAAAAAAUGCGCGGGUGGGAAACCUUUUCCCUGCUCAUUUUGUGGUAAAAGAUUUAGCCUCAAGGGAAAUUUAAAGGCACACACACGAACACACACUGGAGAGAAGCCUUUCGUCUGCUCUCUUUGCGAUAAAAGAUUAUCUACGAAAGUAGCGUUAACAAAACACAUUAGGACACACACUGGAGAGAAGCCUUUUGUCUGCACAUUUUGCGGUGAUAGAUUUUCUAUGAAGGAAGGGUUAAAAAAACACACGAGGGCACACACUGGAGAGAAGCCUUUUGUCUGUACACAUUGUGGUAAAAGAUUCCCCGAGAAGAGAAAUUUAAAGAUACACACAAGAUCACACACCGGAGACGAGCCUUUCGUCUGCUCUCUUUGCAAUAAAAAAUUUUGUACAAAGCAAGCGUUAACAAGACACACGAAAACACACACUGGAGAGAAGCCUUUUCUCUGCACGUUUUGUGGGAAAAGAUUCGCCGAGCAGACAACUUUAAAGAAACACAAAAGAACACACACCGGAGACAAGCCUGUUGCUUGCUCUGUUUGUGAUAAAAGAUUUACAACGAAAUAUCAGUUGACAAGACACACAUGGAUACAUACUGGAGAGAAGCCUUUCGUCUGCUCUCUUUGCGAUAAGAAAUUUCGUUCGAAGGAAGACUUAACAAGACACAUGAGAACACACACUGGAGAGAAGCCUUUUGUCUGCUCUCUUUGCGAUAAAAGAUUUGUUACGAAGCAUGCGUUAACACAACACACGAGGACACACACCGGAGAGAAGCCUUUCGUCUGCUCUCUUUGCAAUAAAAGAUUUGGUUCGAAGGAAGACUUAAUAAGACACACGAGGACACACACAGGGGAAAAGCCUUUUGUCUGCACAUUUUGUGGUAAAACAUUCACCCGGAAGGGAUGUUUAAAUACACACAUGAGGACACACACUGGAGAGAGGCCUUUCGCCUGCUCUCUUUGUGAUAAAAGAUUUUGUUCGAAGCUAAAGUUAUCAAAACACAUGCAUAAACACAUUAAGUAAAAGGUUCACCUGGAAGAAAGAAUUUAUUAUGCAAGAACACACACCAAGGAGAAACCUUUUACUUGCACAGUGUGCUGUAAAAUCCAUCUUUUAACCCUUUCGUGUCGGAUGCGACACGUUUCCGCAUAUCAUCUUUGAAGCCUCGUAACGCUGUAAUUAUGUCACCCACGUGCCCCUGGUUGCUCUUGUUUGAAAGUACGGAAGUUGAUGUCCACACCAGUUUUUAUUUGAAGUCAAUCGACCAAGUAAAACGGGAGAUAAUGUCAUUUGAGUUUUAUAGUUUUAUUGCACUCAUAAAUAUGCAUUAAAACGCUGCAUGGACCAUGUGUCUAUCUCCAUAUUUCCAUUAUUUCUUGUCCUUUUUUCAAAACCGAAAGCAGCACAAAAGACUACAUAUCCCAAGAGCCAUUGUGAUGUCAAGAAGGACGAAUCUAAUGUGAACAUUUUUAAUAAAUUGACGAGCAAGGCGCCAAGUAAGGGAAAGGAGACACGAAAAGCAAGCAACGGCCGGUUGGAUUGACGCGCGACUUUGAAACGGGCAGAAUGAAUCGAAAACUAAAUUUAGCGCAAGCUAAUGCAUUAUUUCAUAAACUCAAGGAAUAGGAUGAGCUGUAUUUGUCAUUGUUUUCCUCGGAUUAGUCGGCAUCUCUGCGAGUAGAAGUGACAGCAGCACGCGAACGGCGGAUGAGUAGGCUGUGUGACGUUGUAUGUGACGCAGCUCAGUGACAUGUUCAAAAACAAACUUAAUUGAGUGCGCAAAAGAAAAAGAAAAAAAUUUAUUGGGUCGCAUGCCUGAAAAAAUUGAAUUGAACUGAACUACUUGUCAAUAUUUUUGAAAAUACUUUUUUUUCAAUGUUUAUUAUUUUUUCUUCACCAUGAAUCUUUUCAGUUUUUAUAUAGAUGUGUGUUCGAGAAGCUUGAUUGCAUGUACAUACAUACCUUUGAUAAGGUGAUGGGUACAAUACCUAACUUCACAAAGAGAUAUCCUCCAAAUCCUUUGUGUGUUGGAUAAUAUAUUGUUAGGAAGAAAAAGGGAAUUGCAUUUAUCCUAGUUAGUGGUUUAAUUAAAUUGUAACCCAUGUAUUCACUCCACUGCCUUAUGUGCCUUAAGUUGCCACAGGUCACAUUCCACAGUAAAGAGGGGGUGGUGGGCUGGCUACUCAAAACCCUCCCCUGGGGAAACUUUACGAGAAACAAACGUUCGCUGAACAAAAGGUAUUUCUUAAAUUGCUUUAACUGCGUAGGGGAAGAUAACAUUGUUAUCUGACACCACACACCACAUGGAGGAGGGGGACAUGUGACUCAGGACGAGUGAAGAGGAGGGCAACUCACUUUUACCUGAUUUGAAUACAACCAAUAGAUCAUUGCCAAGUUUGAAUGUUUAAUCUGUUUCAUGAAUAUGUAUCCAUGUUGCUAUAAAGGAGAAUGUGCCUGGAAAAUAAACGAGCUUGGUUUGUAACGCAUCACCUAAGUGCCUUACUCUCCUUCCUUCCAUGCGCAUUUAAAAGGUA